AUGGGUGGCGAUCUCAACCUGAAGAAGUCAUGGCAUCCCGUGCUCAUGAGCAAUCAGAGGCGGGUAUGGGAGGAAGAGAACAAAGCGCUGGAGGAGAGGAAGAAGACAGAUCUCCGAAUCAAGGAGCUCAAGGAGGAACAGAAGAAAGAGGAAAUUCAGCGGGAACUUGAGGCAGCAGGAAGCCGAAAACGGGUCGAUCGUGUGGACUGGAUGUAUCAAGGACCAUCAAGCGGGCAAGCUGGAACUACGGAAGAGAUGGAAGGAUAUCUUUUGGGAAAGCGACGUAUUGAUCCACUGAUCAAGGGUGUUGAGCACAAGAAGUUGGAAAAGCAAGCCGCUGAAGAUAGUUUCAUGGCAUUGCAACAUGCCAAUACUCUCCGAGACACAGCAGCGAAGGUUAGAGAAGAUCCUAUGUUGGCGAUAAAGAGGCAAGAACAGGCUGCUUAUGAGGCUAUGAUGAAUGACCCGAUCAAGCGCAGGCAAAUGCUUGCAGCUGCUGGGCAGAUCGAGGACUCAAAGGAGAAGAAAGAGAAGCGACGACACAGGCAUCAUCACCGCCAUCGUGAAACAUCAGAAGAGCGUAGCAUACGAAAACGGAGACGUAGGGAGGAUACAGAUGGGCACAGGAGUAGCAGGACAGAGCAUCGUCGGAGACGGUCAACCUCUCGCAGGAGAUCAGUAACGCCAGAGGACAGGGGAAGGGGAAGAUCAGAAAAGGAUCACGACUACGGACGCAAAAGACGCCGGAAUUCUUCCUCGAUAUCUUCGAGAUCCGCAAGUCCACCCCGCAGACGAGAUAGCUUCGAUAGACCCAGAAGACGAUCUGCUUCACCCGAAGAUCGAGGAAGAGACCGAGCAACGAGAGACCGAGAUUAUGAUCGCAGGAGACGGAGGAAUACUUCUUCUGCUGGAUCCAGGUCACCUUCUCCGGAAAGACGGAGAUCACCUGAUAGACGGCAAUCAUACCCUGCUGGUCGAGAUUAUAGGGGAAAUGGCACGAAUGGGCGUGGUGGACAUGAUAAUCGACGAAACGGGGGUUAUGAUGGGAGAGAAGACCGCCGGCCUGCGCCACCAUCACGAGAAGCACCAAACGAAGACAAGGAGGCUGAACGGCAGCGUAAGCUGGCUGCCAUGCAACAAGAUGCUACGAGUUUAGACCUUGAUCGAGAGAAGCGUUUGGCAGCUUUAGCAGAACAGGAGAAGGCCACGCAUGAAGCUGAGGAUAAAGCCAGGGCUCGAUCAUCAAAAUAUGGAGAUAAGGGUGAUUUCAUCAAUGGCUUGCAUAAGAAGGCUGGAAAUAUGGGCUUGGCAGAUCGUAUUGGGAGAGGUAGGCAAGGGCUUCAGAAGGAUGAGCAAUGA